AUGGCGGCGUCGGUGGCGGCCGCGGCCGUGCGGCUGCGGCCGGCCCUUGGAAGGUCGCUGUCAACCGCGCCCCCUCCAGCCCCGGCGUCGGCCGUGCGGGACGCCUUCCUGAGCUUCUUUCGGGACCGCCAUGGCCACCGUCUGGUGCCCUCCGCUUCCGUGCGGCCCCGAGGCGACCCCAGCUUGCUUUUCGUGAACGCGGGCAUGAACCAGUUCAAGCCAAUCUUCCUGGGCACCAUGGAUCCCCGAAGCGAGAUGGCAAGCUUCCGACGUGUGGCCAACAGUCAGAAGUGUGUGAGGGCCGGAGGCCGCCACAGCGACCUGGAGGAUGUGGGCCGAGACCUGUCCCAUCAUACCUUCUUUGAGAUGCUCGGCAAUUGGGCCUUUGGCGGGGAAUAUUUUAAGGAGGAGGCAUGCAGCAUGGCCUGGGAACUGCUGACUCAGAUCUAUGGGAUCCCAGAAAACAGGCUCUGGGUCUCCUACUUUGGUGGUGACCCCGAGGCAGGGCUGGAGCCGGACCUGGAGAGCAGAGACAUAUGGCUCAGCUUAGGGGUGCCCGCCAGCCGCGUGCUCUCCUUCGGGCCACAGGAGAACUUCUGGGAGAUGGGGGACACUGGCCCCUGUGGACCCUGCACAGAGAUCCACUAUGACCUGGCAGCUGGGGUGGGAGCCCCCCAGUUGGUGGAGCUUUGGAACCUCGUCUUCAUGCAGCAUAACAGAGAGGCUAACGGCAGCCUGCAGCCCCUGCCCCAGCGGCACGUGGACACAGGAAUGGGCCUGGAGAGGCUGGUGGCUGUGCUACAGGGCCGGCACUCCACCUACGACACCGACCUCUUUUCUCCACUGCUCAGUGCCAUUCACCAGGGCUGCGGGGCACCCCCUUACCUAGGCCGGGUAGGGGAGGCAGAUGAGGGCCACACCGACACAGCCUACCGCGUGGUGGCUGACCACAUCCGCACGCUCAGCGUCUGCAUUGCUGAUGGCAUCUUUCCUGGGAUGUCAGGUGCCCCGCUGAUUCUUCGCCGGAUCCUCCGCCGAGCUGUGCGGUUUUCCACGGAGAUCUUAAGGGCACCCCCCGGCUUCCUAGGCAGUUUGGUGCCCGUAGUGGUGGAAACACUGGGAGACGCUUACCCUGAACUCCGGAAGAACUCAGCCCAGAUAGCUGAGCUGGUGUCGGAGGGAGAGGCGGCCUUCCUGGCCUCCCUGCAGCGGGGCCGCCGGGUCAUCGAGCAGACCCUGAGACGCCUGGGGCCUUCAGACACCUUCCCUGCUGAAGUGGCCUGGUCCUUGUCACUGGCUGGAAACCUGGGGCUCCCCUUGGAUCUGCUGGAGCUGAUGCUGCAAGAGAAGGGGGUGCAGCUGGACACUGCUGGGCUACAGCGGCUGGCAGAGGAAGAGGCCCGGCACCGGGCACAGCAGGCUGAACCAGUUCCAGACCAGGGCCUGCGGCUUGACAUCCAUGCCCUGGGGGAGCUACAGCGCCGAGGACUGCCUCCCACUGAUGACAGCCCCAAAUACAACUACUCCCUCCAACCCAGCGGUGACUAUGAGUUUGGCACCUGCGAGGCGCAGGUUCUUCAGCUCUAUGCAGAAGAUGGGACAGCAGUGGCCUCCGUUGGGGAAGGCCAGCGCUGCGGCCUCCUGUUGGACAGAACCAACUUCUAUGCUGAACAGGGCGGGCAGGCCUCAGACCGUGGCUUCCUGGUACAGGUGGGGCGACAGGAUGUGCUGUUCCCAGUGGCCCGGGCUCAGGUCUGCGGCGGCUUCAUCCUGCAUGAGGUGAUGGCUCCCCAGUGCCUGAAGGUUGGGGACCAGGUGCAGCUACACGUGGAUAAGGCCUGGCGUCUGGGCUGCAUGGAGAAGCACACGGCCACCCACCUGCUGAGCUGGGCACUGCGGCAGACCCUGGGCCCCGGCACAGAGCAGCGGGGCUCCCAUCUCAACCCCGAGCGACUGCGCUUUGACGUGGCCACCCAGGCCCCACUGACUACAGAGCAGCUCCGGGCGGUGGAGGCCACUGUACAGGAGGCCGUGGAGCGGAAUGAGUCCGUGCACAUGGAACAGGUGGCCUUGGCACGCACUGCCUGUGUCCCUGGCCUGCGCUCCCUGGAUGAGGUAUACCCAGAUCCUGUGCGGGUUGUGUCCGUGGGGGUACCCGUGGCGCAGGCACUGGCACCGGCCUCCCAGGUGGCCCUGCAAACCUCCGUGGAGCUGUGCUGUGGCACACACCUGCUGCGUACAGGGGCCGUGGGGGAUCUGGUCAUUGUCGGAGAGCGCCAGCUCACCAAGGGCACCACCCGCCUGCUGGCUGUCACCGGGGAGCAGGCCCAGCAGGCCCGAGAAGUAGGCCAGAGCCUGGCCCAGGAGGUGGAAGCAGCCACGGAACGGUUGAGUCGGGGCAGCCGGGGCAUUGCAGAGGCACAGCGGCUAUCCAAGGACAUAGGACGGCUCACUGACGCUGUGGACACCGCCAUGAUGCCUCAGUGGCAGAGGCGACAGCUCCAGGCCACACUGAAGGGGCUGCAGCGGCGCGCCAAUACCGCCAUCCGUAAGCUAGAGAAGGGCCAGGCUGCAAAGAAAACCCAGGAGCUGCUCGAACGGCACCCAGGGGCACCCCUGAUUGUGGACACGGUCUCUGCUGAGUCCCUCUCUAUGCUGGUGAAGGUGGUACGGCAGCUGUGUGAGCAGGCCCCCAGUACAUCCGUGCUCCUGCUCAGCCCCCAGCCCGUGGGCAAUGUGCUUUGCGCCUGUCAGGUGGCCCAGGGUGCCACGCCUGCCUUCACAGCAGAGGCCUGGGCGCUGGCCGUGUGCAGCCACAUGGGUGGCAAGGCCUGGGGCUCACGAGUGGUGGCCCAGGGCACAGGAAGCACAGCUAACCUGGAAGCUGCUCUCAACACAGCCCGAGCCUACGCUCUCAACCAGCUCUGAGGCCUGGGAGGCCCUCCCAGUGACCCACAUGGAUUUUAGGCAAGAGCCAGCGGAACCUCCCCCAGAGGCAAUGCACUGCCCUGGACACCACAGGUCAAGUGGCUGAGCCAAAGUCUUCCAGCACCGGGCCCUACAGCACAUAGAGACAGAGGUAUCGGGGGAUACAAGUAACACAUCUGGGAACAUGAAGAUAUGAGCCAUGUCAGCUGCAAGUCUGUUUGUGGGGCAUCGCAAGUAAAAUGUGGUGCUGGCAUCCCACAUGGGCACCAGUUCAAGUCCCAGCUGCUCCACAUCUGAUCCUGCUUCUUGCUAAUGUGCUUGGGAAGGUAACUAAGUAUGGUCCCUGUACCCACGUGGGAGACCCAGAAGACGCUCCUGGCUUCGGUUCGGCCCAGCUCCAGCCAUUGCAGUCAUUUAGAAAAUGAGCCAGGAGAUCACUGUAUCUCCCUCUUUCUUUGUCUGACUUUGAAAUAAAUAAAUAUCUUUAGAAAAAG